AAAAGCGUUAGGGUCAACCAUCGUUCGAGGAAAGCGGAGAUUGAAUCGAUCCUUAAGCUGAUUACCUUACGCCGGGUUGAGAACAAAUCCUACUCGCCAGGAAAGCAUUCGUUGCAUGGAAAAGUUCCGACAGGAUCCUUCGAGCAAGAGGGCAAUUAUCAUAGCGCCUACGAGGAAUGUGAAAGAGAAAGAAGAUUGAAUUACUGGUCUGCUAAAGGAAAUCGCUUAGAUUUUUUUAGUGUUCUCUACCGAGCGAAAGGUGGUUUCAACUCGAAGGCCUACGAGGAAAGCUUCUUCUGU